CCUGCUGGCAUGGUAACCGAUCGUGCCUGGCAACACGACAUGUACGAUGCUGGCGCUGUUGCUGUUCCGGCUGCCGGACGUGCCGCGGGACAAGGCAUCGAGACAGGGACGAAGCUCUAUGUGUCGAAUUUGGACUACGGCGUGUCGAACGACGAUGUUAAGGAACUUUUUUCGGAGAUUGGAGAGCUCAAGCGCUUCUCGGUUCACUAUGACAGAAGUGGCCGUUCCAAGGGUACAGCGGAAGUUGUGUUCGCACGGAAAGCGGAUGCUUUGGCAGCCAUGACCCGGUACAACAACGUUCAGCUAGACGGAAAACCAAUGAAGAUUGAGCUGAUCGGUUCCACCGUUGCGCCAUCUGUUCCGGCUGUCGCGAGGGUGGCAGUUGCACCAGCUAUUGUUGCGCCGUUUGGCUUUCCUGCAGG